GUCGUCUAUAUUGUUAUUGUUCUUGUUAUCGCAGCGGCAGGUUUAUAAUUAUUCCGUCUCAGGGAAGAAAGUGAUACACUUAAUAGCUGUGAGUGAUCUGACCAAUAUCACGAACAUACUUAAUAUUUUGGUUCAUCGCCUGACUAUGAAAAAGAAGAGAAUGAUGCUAUGUAACGCUAUGGUGCUUAUUUUGUUCCACAUAAGCGCGACGGAGGCCUUGUUUUUCAGAACGGGGCCAGUUAACUGCAUAGUCACCGAAUGGAGCGAGUGGAGUAAACCUCUCAGUUUUGGACUGGUGGAACGACAUCGCAAAAUACUUCGUCCGGCAGAGAACGGCGGAAAACCCUGUCCACCAACUUCAGAGAAACUGACAGUCAGGGAACAUCCGACAGUCAACCAAACAGCUGAACAUUUUGCUCGGAAAUUUGUAACGAAUCGCCGUCGCAUGUCCUAUUCGACCUACGUGGAGUCAAUAGAAAGAAUCUUACCUCGAGAUCUACUAAUCAUCAUGGACUCUUCAGGAAGUGUCUCCCCAGCAGAAUUUCAACAGAGCAAGCAAGCUAUGGCAGAAGUGAUUAAAAUUAUAUGUGGAGACGUUGGCCAGUCGUUUCAAGACAAUCGCAUUGCUGCUAUGCAUUAUUCCGAUUUCGUUUACGAGGAUUUCCCUUUCAACAAAAGUUAUCUGGAGGAAGAAGUUGCUUACAACAUACGACAGAUACCAAAACACAGUGGCUCUACCUGCACUGGAGAUGCAUUUAAUUACGCAAGGGUCGUUAUGCUGAAACCCGAGAAAGGUAUGCGACCUGAUUCCCAGUCCAUCAAGGAUGUCCUGAUACUAACUGAUGGUAAUUCGAAUUGUGGAUCUAAAGUAAAGAUUGCUGCAGACCGACUGAAGCAGGUGGCCAAUGUUUAUGCUCUGGCGAUUGGUAUGUGGCAGAAACAGAGAAGCGAAAUAAAAUCUUAUGCUUCAAGCCCAGCAGAAGACCAUUUAUUUUCAUUGAAAUACUUCAGUGAUCUUCCAGACUUUAUGGAAGGUGUCCGUACUUACAGUCAACAAGUUUAUUGCGUUCCAUUCUUUGGACAGAUGGUGUAACAGUAAUGGUAGGAAGAGAGGCGAUUCUAGUAGUAACGGUAAUAGUGGCAACAGCAGCUAUAGAAGCAUCAGCAUCAGCAAUAUUAGUAUUAGUAUUAGUAACAUGACCAGCUUACAUAACAUGGAUCUUGUUCAAAACGGGGGCACCAGUAUUUUCUUAACGAAACACUUAUGGAUCUUGUUCAAAACGGGGGCACCAGUAUUUUCUUAACGAAACACUUAUGGAUCUUGUUCAAAACGGGGGUACCAGUAUUUUCUUAACGAAACACUUUGAAACUUGGGACACUGGUACAAUGUGUCAUAUAAAACAUCUUUUUCUCUUAGUCUUCUUAACAAAAAAACGUACAUCGCAAGUUAUUUCAUGUUAAAGUUGUCGUAUUUCUGUAAUUUCAACCAAUGACUGACGUCCAUUCAGCCGAAUAACAGUAA